AUGGUAUUCGACGUUGCCGCCCGGCAGCUCUCUCGCGAAUUGGAAGCUUCUACGCACAAGGCAUUGAAGCCACGACGACCGAUCAUCCACCACCUCAACGAUGACAGCUCAUGGCUGCUCCAAAUUCCCCGCCCCGAAACCGCCAUAAGAAGAGGUUCCCGCGUUUAUUUCAACAUUGUUAUCGAUCCAUGGUUCGCGGGAGGUCAAAGUGAUAUUGCCAGCUGGUUCUCGUUGCAGUUUCACGCCACACCGAGCGCUGUGCAAUCUUUCGCUGAACUGGAGGAUCUCAUACGCGACAUCGAGAGAGUUGCGUCUGCUGAGACGCCUGUUGAUUCUGAUGACGUCGCACGUAAUUCUGUCCGGGGGGGCACUACAGGAACGUCGUCUCUCAUUGAUGUGAUUGCCGUGAGCCACGAGUUCACUGACCACUGCCAUCAUGACACACUGCUUCAGGCGCAUCCGGACGUGCCAGUUUUUGCUUUCAAAGAGGCUGCGACACUCAUUCAGAGCUGGCGCCAUUUUCGCACCGUGAUUCCCAUUGGAGUUGUAGGCACGGCCGAGCCGUUCGACUGGCGCACCUCUAGUAUACAUCCUUUCCUUCCAGAGUGGCUAGGUAUUUGCCAACUUCGACAGACCAGAGAUCGUGGUGGCCUCCACUCAGCUCUGUUAAUCACCUUUGACAACGGGCAUGGCAUAGCGCAGUCAAACUCGGGGCCAUCUCCCAGUGAGCUAGGCGUAAUGGAUACGUACAGGUCACGGCACAAUGCCACUGUGUCCAGCAAGGAGGACGAGCUUGCCGAGGCCUUGAUCUACACGCCUCACGGAGUGCACUUUGCGGAUUUUGAGGUCAUACCAAAGGCAGUGCCUCCCAUUUCUACCUUGGUCUUUCUUCACGGUCUUCACAGCGUACGCCUGGGAACUCCCACUGGCGGUCUGACACUGCAGCUCAUCAAUCUUGGCUCUCACAACGGAUUGAAAGCGCAGAGGAUUCUGAAAGCGAAACACUGGAUURGGACCCAUGACGAGGACAAAGAAUCUCGCGGACUGGUGUCGUGGUUCUUGCAGAGGGAGAGACUGACCGUCGACGAUGCGCUUCAGUCGGAGCGAAAGGCGCGGCAGCAUAAUCGAAAAGAGGGCGGGACAGACAGCGAGACAGCAGAUUUCUUGUACAGUUCGGAUGAUGCUUCGUUUGUCAAUCUACGUAAUGGCGAAAGCAAGAUUCUGUCGUGA